AUGACUCUGCAAGAUUCACGCCGCUACAGCGCGGGGAGCGCUCCAGAGGGCACGGCCGCGCCAGGGAUCGGGCUUCCCCUCUCCUCCCCCUCCAGCCUAUUUCCCUGCAGUGACCCCUCCGCGCUGGCAGAAGGCUGUGCCACAGCCUCGCUCUCCGCUGCUCUGCCUGGGGGACCCGUGUUGUGUCUACAGCGCAGGCCCCAUGUGACAGACACAGAGACAGACAGACAGACAGACAGACAGACGCACAGGUGCGGGGCGGGGCGGGUGACCCGGACACGCGCGCACCUGGCGCGCCCCCGCGGCGCCUCGCGGGCGCGCGCGGGUCUGUCCCCGCGUCCCCCUCCCGCGCGGGCAGCCCAGGCCCCCGCGCGCCGGUUACAUAACGCCGCGCGCCGGCCCCCUUCCCUUCCCUUCCCCCCGUUCCCGCGCCGGGAAGAGAACGGGAAGGCCCAGGCCGCGGGCCCAGGGAGGGGCUGGGAGGCAGAGCAGCGGCUGCGGGCCCCGCGUCUGCCUCCCGCUCCCCUCCCUUCCUCCCCGCCUGCCUUCUCCCCGUCCCCGAACCACCCUCCGCACGUCCCUCCCGCCGUGGGGGGGAAGAGCCCGCUCCGCACCGCUCACCUUCUGCCGCGUCCCAGACACACAUUCCCGGGAGCGCCGCCGCUGCCUCCUGCCCUGCGGGGCCGUGCGUGCGUGUGUGUGUGUGCGUGGUGUGUGUGUGUGGGGCUUCACAUCGCGGCUCCCCCUCCGGCACCGACGGACGCACGCAACCGCCGCCUCCUGCCCGCCUUCUUCCUCCUCCUCCUCCACCCCAGCGCCAGCCGCUCUCUCCGUCUCUCCCCCCCUCCCUCUGCCCGCACCUCGCUCGGUGUCCCCGGCACGGCCCCUCCUCCACCCCCACCCCUUCCCUUCCCUUCCCGCGAGCGCGUCACGGGAGAGUCUCGCGCCACCAACCCGCCGCCGCCGCGCGGUCAACAAACGGCGCGCGCCGGCCCGGGCAGGGCCCCUGGGCCGCGGCGCCCCCUGGCGGCGCGCGCGCACGGACAGGAGCGCCCGGCGGCGGCGGCGCUCGCGCGGCGGCACGUGACGGCGGGGCGGGGCGCGGCGCGAGAGCUCGCGCGCCGCUCCAGCCGCGCGGACGGGCCGCGGCGGGCGCGGGGCGGUGGCGCCCCCUGGCGGCCGGACGGGCGCGCCGCAGGCUCGGGCGGGCGGGGAUUCGGGAGCGGGACGGGAGCGGAGCGGGCACCGGGAAUUGCCGUGCCCCGCGCUGCCCGGGCGGGGCUUCCGCGGCCGGGCACCGCCCUGCGGGCAGAAAGCGGGUGGGGAAGGCCCGAGCGGGGCUGCGGCGGUGCUUGCCCUUCUGGCCGGGGAGCCGGGUCACCGCCCAGCCCUGUCAUGGAAGGAGUGGAGCUGAGCCAGGCUCAGGCCUCGCCACCCCUCGCUGUAGAAGCGCUUUCCUCCACAGAAGAAGGGCCUGCGUGUUCCACUCGCGUGCUGGAUGCAGGAAUAACACCCACUGGCUCUUCCCAUGUGAUUCUGCAAUUAAAAAUGCAGAAUCACAGAAUCUUUUAG